AUGGAGGACGAUAAUGCGUUGGACAUUGUGAAAUGGUUAUUUCGAGAGGACACAAAGGUUGAUUUGGAAGGGAAUUUGAAAAUCAUUGAGAAGGACAGUGAAAAUGAGUGGAAUGUAAGUUGUUUUCCAUUUUUCUUUCGAUUUUUAGGCUCAGAUUUGGACCAAAUAGCAUAAUAAAGAUGCGUUAGACCCUGCAGAUUGUUAUUUAUACAACAAGCAGGCUUGUCGUUGAGAAUUUUCUUGGUUUUAACUGAAAAUUCAUUUGACUUUAGCUGUUGUGGCGAGUAUAAGAUAAACGGAUUAGUGCGACCCAAUGAAGCGGAACAUCCGGGAUUUUUUCCAUCCAAUUGCAAGAAUAUAGGCUGUUUGAGGUUAUCCAAAGCUGUCAAGUUGUAAAGAGAGGGUUUUCCAUUAAUCCGAAGGCAUUUUAUAUUACCCUUCAAGAGCAAUAUUUUUUCUCUUCCAAAGAUAAAUUAAAUCUGUUUAUAGGAAUUUUGCGUUAUAUUCUUUGAUUCUAGGCCAGAUUAAAGGGAAAUCUCCUUGCAUUACGUCCUGUGGCAGCUGUAGCAGAGCCACUUUUAUUGGUUUGCGAGAGAAUUGUGGUGAAGCGUGUAGCGGACACAAAACAACCUCAAUUUGCAAUAACGUAUGGUCAAAGUGAAGUGGUUUUCCAAGCCGAAGACGAGGACAAGCUUUUCGACUGGAUGGUGAAGGUAAUUUUUCCAAUUUUUUCCAGUUUUCUGCUUUUAGUUGGCAAUUUCUUCACAUCAAAAGACUCAAGCCGAGCUGGACCAAGUUCUCAACGAAUUCAACAUGGAAGCAGCCAGAAUCACAGCUGAAACGAGAGCGCCAAGUUCGCCGUUGUCACAUUUCUUUCUGACCAGCCCCAUCAAAAAGGAUCACACCUUUUCCGUCUUUCAUGUAAGCAAAAAUUUUUUUUUUGUUCGAAAUUUAGGUCAAACUUGAUGUGAAACAUGUCAAAAUGAACAAUAUUUGUAGUCAUUCAACAUGCCCAACCGGACCAUAUCGUGCGAGGAGGCCAUGUACGAAUCGAAAUUGUCGAUUAUAAUCCCCACAUGUAUGAUAAAAAUCUUCGAAAAAUGGUGGAUCGAGCUCCGCAAUGACCUCCUCGAACACUUGGCUAACCUCAGGAACGCAUCGAUGGAUGCGGCGUCCCAUUAUGUGAUACGACAUCUCAAUUCUAAUCUCGAAGUUUACAGCCAAAUGAGGGAAUUUAUGGAUGAUUAUAGCGGGCCCAACUUUCGGUAGGAGUUUCAUCAUGAUGUAAUAGAGAUUUCUUAGCAUUUUGGACAAAAAAUGAGCAUCUAGUUUUGAUUUAUUGGGAUUUUUCGGCGAUUUUACCUUAUUUUAGAGAUUUUUGAUAUUUUCAAGUUGAAAUUUAAUAUCUGACUGAAUUAUAGUAAAUUUCAAGCCAUCAUUGUUCGUUUUUAAUAACAAAUUUGACAUUUGAAAACGAUUUUCACCUUAUUUUAGAGAUUUUUGACCUUAUUUUAGUAAUUUUUGCGAUUUUUUGAUAUUUUCAAAUUGAAAUGUUAUAUAUAAGGUAAUAAUGGUAAAUUUCAUGCCAUUAUUGUUUAAUUUUCAAUAACAAAUUUGGAAUUUGGAACCUAUUUUUACCUUAUUUUAGUGAUUUUUGACCUUAUUUUAGUGAUUUUUGGUCUUAUUUUAGUGAUUUUUGGUAUUUUUUUGGUAUUUACAAAUUAAAAUGUGAUAUAUAACUAAAUAAUAGUAAAUUUCAGGCCAUUAUUGUUUAUUUUCAAUAACAAAUUUUACAUUUGAAACCGAUAUUCACGUUAUUUUAUCCAUUUUUGACCUUAUUUUUGAGAUUUUUUGAAAUUUUCAAAUUGAAAUAUUAUAUCAGACUGAGUGAUAGUAAAUUUCAGGCCAUAAUUGUUAAUUUUCAGUUACAAAUUUAACAUUUGAAACCGAUUUUCAGAUUAUUUUAGCCAUUUCUGACCUUAUUUUAGCCAUUUUCCCCAAAAUUUUUUAAUUUUCGCCAGUUUUUCAACCCAAAAAUUCCAGGCCAUCAAAGGAAAAGUACCGGCUCGCCUUCUCACUGGUCCCCACCAACCUGCAUGUUCAAAGUUUCGAGGUCUCGGACCAUAAAUGGACCUACAUCACAUGUGGCGCCAUCUCCGGAACACCCCUCCGAUUCAAACAAGGAGGCCUCAGUCGACUCAGGGACACUCUAAUGGCCAGCCUACAACCGAACAGUCAAGAUUACUUGCUGGAGACGAGGUUUUUCACGAGACGAAAGACCUUGUUGAAUGCCAAAAAAAUGGUCGGAGAACUGAGUCGGCGGAUCGAAAACGACUGGAAAAUGGAAGUUUUCGGCAAAGUGGAUAAAGUGGGAAUCAAAUUGUUUAGUGAAGUGAAACAGGUGAGAGGUUGGAGCUGUUUUUAAGCGAAAUUUUGAAAUUUUUUUGAUGGAUAAGAUAAUAUUUUGGUGAAAAAAGUGUUGAUGUCAAUGGGUUUUGGUGGGAAAAGUUAAUGUGAGCGGAUAAUGUACUGUCAGUUUUUUGAAUAUGAGUUUUGGUGGGCUUUGUAUGUUGUUUUAGACAUCUGCACUGUGCAGUUGCCAGAUUUGUUUAUUGCACUGUGCAGGAUCAAAAUUUUAAUUGAGAAUGUGUUUUGUUGUUGCUUUUAGGGCUGAAAAAUGCUAUACAAAUCCACGGAUAUUCAUAAUUGGUUCUGCAUUCUCAAUUUUACAUUGUUUUAGACAUCUGCACUGUGCAGUUUCCAGAUCCGUUUAUUGCACUGUGCAGGAUCAAAAUUUUACUUGAUAAUGUGUUUUGUUGUCUCGUUUAUGGCCUAACAAUGCUCUACGAAUCAACGGAUAUUCAUAAUUUGGUUUGCUUCCCCACUUUUACAUUGUUUUAGACAUCUGCACUGUGCAGUUUCCAGAUCCGUUUAUUGCACUGUGCAGUAUUGCACUGUUUCACUUUAAAAUGUGUUUAGUUGUUCAUUUUAGGGUUUAACAAUUCUAUAAGAUUCCACGGAUAUCCGUAAUUAGUUCUGCUUCACCUAUUUUACAUUGUUUUAGACAUCUGCACAGUGCAGUUUCCAAAUUUUCGAUUGCACUGUGCAGACUUUAAAUUUUAUUGAAUAUUUCGAUAAAUUUGUUCAAAAGAGACACAAAGGUUCUAAAAUUUGUAAUUUUGAAUAUUUUUUCAGUUAUACGAACUGAUUGUGGACCUAAUAAACUCCUUCCCCAAUAUCCAUAAUCUCGUCGACGCCUUAUGCCCCGGGGGCCUAGCUCAACUAGAAGCAGUCCAAGGACAGCCUCCAAAAGUCACAGAAACUCUAGCCGCUCAGAUGGACGCAUUAGAAGCGGCGGUGAUAAGUUUGAACACCAAAAUGGCUGUCAUCGACAAAGUGGAAGAUCAAGAUGUAAGUUUUUUGAAGGUUUUUUGGUGUAUUUGUUCUUCCUUUUGCCUGCAAAUCCUGUUAACAGAAAGAGAACAUGUUAUGGAAUCGUAAUUUUUUAAAAAUUCAAUUUUUUGUUUUCGCACUGUGCAAAAUUUUAAAAAUUUGAAAUUUCUCGAAUGCACAGUGCAAUUUUUAAUUGAUAUAUUUUUGAAAAUAAAGCAUCAUAUGUAUGCUUUAUUUAGUCCGAAUAUUUUUUUACAGAUCAUAUUUUACAACGCCAAAAAUUUUCUUUUUUUAAAUUUUGCACUGUGCAAAAUUUUAAAACUCACGAGGGAAUGGUCUGAACUUCCCCCAGCGUUUGGGAAAAUGACUAUUACAGAUGGAUAGAGCAAGUCAACUUUGGUAAAAAGAGGCAUUUUCCAGCUGCGGAAUAAGCCCGGCCGACGAGAAAAAUCGACCGAAAGUUCCACAAAAAUUUCCUCUUUCUCUUCCCUCGGAAAAGAAGAGCGGUGUCCAGUGGUUCGGUUAGCCGAGUGGAUAAAGCAUCCGCUCGAUGUUCGUUUGGGGGUUGGUUGGAUUCCGGGGUCUCGCGAAGGGAUAAGGCUUUGAUGAGCAAGAUCAAGCUCUAACAAACGAAAAAAAAAUAUUUUGCCAAUUUUAUACGUUUUAUAGGGGCAUUAUACCAAAAAAAUAAUUGUCAAAAUAUGAUUUUUUGGGUGCUUCCGAACCUUCAAAACGAUGGUCCAUUGAAGUUAUACUCGUUUGGUGAUUUACUUGACUUUGAAAAAAGGCAAAAUAAUUUUUUUUGGGUUGUUAGAGUUUGAUCUUGCUCAUCAAAGCCUUAUCACGGUCCUUCGCGAGACCCCGGAAUCGAACCCACCCCCAAAAGAAUAUCGAGCGGAUGCUUUAUCCACUCUACUAACCGAACCACUGGGCACCGCUCUUCUUUUCCGAGGGAAGAGAAAGAGGAAAUUUUUGUGAAACUUUCGGUCGAUUUUUCUCGUCGGCUGGGCUUAUUCCGCAGCUGGAAAAUGGCUCUUUUUACCAAAGUUGACUUGCUCUAUCCAUCUGUAAUAGCCAUUUUCCCAAACGCUGGGGGAAGUUCAGACCAUUCCCUCGUCAGAUUUUCGCACUGUGCAUUAAUUUUUUGAAACUAAAACUACACCGCAUGACUUAUUUUGCUUCAGGACGCCCGAAUUUCCUUCAAAGAGAACGCGAAGACCUCGCUGAACACGGUUUUGGACAUGAUUUUACACCUGGUGGACUCCCUCUUUUAUGGCCAACUUUUGGGCAUCAUUGUGGCCCUACGAAAACAGUCCGACGCCUCGAAUUACUUUCAAAUCCAGCUCAGAUACGACAUGAUCAUUUCACAAGCAAUAACUCUGAUUUCAACGUGUUUAUUGAUGUUAAUCGAGACGUCAACCAAGGAAGAGCUGGAGAUUUGGGAAGAAAGGGAUCCAUUGGUCACUUUCUUUGGGUUUUUAUCCUGCUAUGGCGAUGAACGAGGCAUGAUGGAGGAUAUGCGAGAGAUUUGGAGCGUGUUUUAUGGAAGGGUCCAGUUCAGAUUCAUCCCAACCAAUUCGGCGGUAAGAUGGUCAUGGAUAAGAUAAUUUUUGAUAAAAAUGGAGGUUUUUGUGUAGAAAUUAGAUUUUUAAAGAUGAGAUAUAAAAUUUGGAGGUGAUUGAGACAUUUUAGAGGGUGUGGUAAGGGGUGACCAUCAAGAUUUUGCCGUUUUUUGGAGGUUAGAUGGUCAUGGAUAAUAUAAUUUUUGAUAAAAAUGGAGGUUUUUGUGGAGAAAUUAGGUUUUUUAAGAUGAGAGAUGAAACUUAGAGAUGAUUGAGACAUUUAAGAGGGUGUGGUAAGGGGUGACCAUCAAGAUUUUGCCGUUUUUUGGAGGUUAGAUGGUCAUGGAUAAUAUAAUUUUUGGCGGUUUUGAAAGAAAGUGUUGAUCGCAGGAGAUGCCAGAAGGCGUGAAAAGAUGUUUGAGAUGUUUUGGAGGGCAUGGAAAUAGUUUAUUUGACCAUUUUUCGGGGUUUUCAGGAUAGGUCAUGGAUAAUAUAAUUUUUGAUAAAAAUGGAGGUUUUGGUGGAAAGAUUGAAUUUUUGUGAACGAUUUAUGAAAUUUAGAGAUGAUUGAGGCAUUUGAGAGGGUGUGGUAAGGGGUGACCAUUAAAAUUUUGCCGUUUUUUGGAGGUUAGAUGGUCAUGGAUAAUAUAAUUUUUGGCUGGAAAUGACAGUUAGAGGGAAAAUAUUGGCUUAUAAAGCUGAUUGAAGAAUUUUUAGGGGUAUGGCGAGGGGUGAUUUUUAAAUUUUCACAUAUUUUUUGGAUUAAAAAAAAUUUUUUUUUUUGAAAAAAUUUGGUAAAAUACGAUAUUUUGUGAUGUAAAAAUGGAUUUUUUCUCUUUUUUAGAUCACAAAAACCUGCACCCCGCAAGUGGAAGGUGAAAAUCCCACGGAUAUCACCGUCACUAUUCCACUAAUCCCCGAAAUGAUCUCCAAAUUACCUCCACGAAUGCUGAAUGGCGACAAAUUCCGCGUCAGAACGUUGUAUUUUAACGUUGGAGUGAACCAUGAAGCCACCUACGCCAUGAGGCUGGGCGAUAUCUCCCUAGAAGAGAGUAUAAAUUUGGCAGCGACGACUUUAUUCAACCAAUAUAUCAAUUCCGUACCCGAAAAAGUAACGGAAAAUGUACAAAGAUUGUUCUCAGAGCUGAAAAGAACGGUAGGUUUGGUGUGGAAAAUUUUUGUGAACCAUUUUUGUUUACAUUGCAAAAAAAAUUACGAAAAUUUUGCAAUGAUUUUGCGAAAAAAAAUUUUUUUUGACGCGGCACUGUGCGCGAGAAUUUAUUAUUUUUAUUUUUUUUCGCACAGUGCAGGCGCGACGAACCAUUUUUUUUGUCUUGCACUGUGCAAAUGAUUUUUUUUGCGAUUUGCACCGUGCGGAAGGAAAAAAAUCUUGUUUCGCACUGUGCAGUCGAACAAAAAAUUUUUUUUCCGCACAGGGCAGCCGCGACGAAGACUUGUUUUUUGCGAUUUGCACCGUGCAAAUGAACUUGUUUUUUGCGAUUUGCACCGUGCAAAUGAACUUGUUUUUUGCGGUUGCACAGUGCAGAAGAAAAAAUCAUUUUGCACUGUGCGGUCGAAAUAAUAAUUUUUUGAUUUUUGACGGGCUAAAUAACCGGAAUAUGACUUCCAGGUAGAAGAAUGCCCCUCAAAGAAGAACGUAUGGAUCUUCCCGAAGGUCCAGGAACUCACCCGAGCCCUCAAUGGAGUGUGUGUAAUCUCAUGCAAGAGUGGGAAAGAUCGAUCGUCGAUGGCCGUCACACUGGAAGAAGGCCGCGCCCUCAGGGAAACUAUUGGCAUAUCACAGCAACAGGUGUGUUUUUCAACAAAAUUUUUGGACAUUUGCACUGUGCAAUUGGAUAAAAUAGGGAUUUUUUGCGGUUUGCACUGUGCGGAGGUUUUUGGACGCGAUUUUAGGCUUUUAAAAUACGGAAAUUUGGAUUUUUUGAGUAAAUAUUUUAUUGAAACACUCAGUAGAUUUUGUUUAGAUGGUAUUUUCCCGGUUACUGCACUGUGCAUUCAAAAAUUUUUGAGAUUUUUUAUUUCUGCACGGUGCAAAUUUUUGUGGUGUAAAUUUUUGAUGUUUAAAAUACGAAAUGGAAUUUUAUAUGAAAUUUAUUUAUUGAAUACAUGCCUCAGUGUCCAUCUUGACCAAAUUUGGACAGUUUUCUCCCAUCGCGAUCAAAAAUUUUUGAGAUUUUUUAUUUAUGCACUGUGCAAAUUUUUGUGAUGCAAUUUUUUGAUGUUUAAAAUACGAAAAUCAAUUUGAUAUGAAGUUAAUUUAUUGGAUGCAUCCCUGAACGUCCAUCUUAGCCAAAUUUGGCCAAGUUUUUCCCGUCGCGAUCAAAGAUUUUUGAGAUUUUUUAUUUCUGCACAGUGCAAUCAAAAAUUUUCGAUUUUUUUCUUGAAUUUCCCAUUUUUCAGGUCGAUGAAAUGGUCGACUGCCUCAGGCGAGACGGUGUUCGUCGUGAGAACUGCCGCAAAAACGUCGGCAAAGCGAUGUACUCCUUCAGUCCCAUCCAAAUGCACUUUUUACCCCGCGAAUUCCGACCUCCAGCCGGCACUUUCACCCACAAUGUAUCAUCCUAG